CUCCACUGACGAGGAGCUCAUCGUUCAUUACCUCUGCCGAAAGUCCCAUUCGACAUCCCAGAUUCUCGGUGUCCCUCCGCCGCCACCUAUCAUCGCCGACGUGGAUCUCUACAAACACGAUCCAUGGGAACUUCCUGGUAAGUCUUUCGGGUGUUAGCAUAAGGGUGUCGGCAGCACCCUCGGGGAAAUGAUGCGGGGACCAUGUUUGCCGUGCGGGAUGGGUGCCGCCAUCCAUGCGGGUAGCCAAAUCGGGGAGGUGGUUGGGGGACUAGUCACCGGCUCACCGCACAAGAAGAGAGUUGAUGAAAUGGCCUUAUUUGGAACAAAGGAAUGGUACUUUUUUACACCAAGAGAUAGGAAAUACCCUAAUGGGUCAAGACCAAACCGGGUCACAGGAAACGGGUACUGGAAAGCAACCGGAGCAGAUAAACCCAUUAAAUCAAAAUCCAACACGAAUAAUGCAACAAUAGGGAUCAAGAAAGCGUUGGUGUUUUACGCGGGAAGAGGGCUUAAGGGGAUUAAGACGAAUUGGAUCAUGCAUGAAUAUAGACUUGCAGACUCUAAGUUGGAUGAUUGGGUUUUAUGUCGUCUUUACAACAAGAAGAAUAAUCCAAAGGAGAUGAUCAUCGUACCCGAAGAUAACAACAUUAAUUAUCGUAAUCCUGCAUCGCCAAUACAGAAAGAGAAUAGCUCUAGUAACAACAGUGACAGUUUUGAUUCGUUCGAACAUUCAGACGGUGAGUUUGGUGGUAACUUUGAAGGUGACACCAUGUGUUUUAGCGACUCGCGGCCUGAAACUUCGAGCAAACCCGAAGACCCGAGCCAGCAGAGUAACAUUGGAGGAGUAAUGAUGCAAAAAGAAGAUGUUGAUGAUGGGAAUGAGUGGCUUGACAGUUUGAGUUUGGAAGAUCUACACCACUGUUUGGAACAAAUGCCUCCUGAUAAUAACUUGCAUGAUAUGAUGCCAAUGAUUAAUAACUCAAAUCAACAAUAUUUUUUUAAGUAGGUCAAAAAUAUUAGAGUAAACUUCCGUUUUGCUAACUGUGGUUUGGUCAUUUUAAUGGUUUUGCCCCAAUCCUUUAAAAAUAGCCAUUUUACUCCCUGGUCUAUGAAACUUAUCUCUAUUUCAAUGCCCCUCAUGUGAGGGGCAUGUGACCAGGAUUUAACAGUUGAAUUGGAUGGCGUUAGGGGCGGGGACUGAAAUAGAGAUAAGCUUCAUAGAUCAGGGAGUAAAAUGACGAUUUUUAAAGGAUUGGGGCAAAACCGUUAAAACGACCAAAUCACAGGGAGCAAAACAAAAGUUUACUCAAAAUAUUAUUUUUUUUUCCAAUUCGGGUUUUGAUUCUAUUUUUCUUUCUAGAAGUUAUGAGUUUUGGGGUAAAAAGCAAGAUUGCAUUCAUGUAAAUACCAGUGAAUUCAUGGGAAGGUGCUUUGAUGUUCUUUUUUUUUUUUUUUUUUUGCUAGAAAUGUAAAGGUUUUGUCUCAAUAAUUAAAUGUAACAAACUUUAUUUAUACAAGUAUAAAAGUUUAUUUCUA